CUUCUCGGUAAAGCCCUACCUCCAAUCCCCACGAAAAAGUUCGCGAUCACGCCCAGGCCCGGAACUUUUCGACUUUUUCCCACUCCAAGCUUUCGAUAGUCAUCAUCCUUCAUCACUUUGCCGCAACCAAAGCCGUUCGAGUCGUGAAGGAAAGAACCCCCCUCGCUCUUUCAAUUCCCCUACCCAUUAAACCAACAAGAAAAAACCACCCCGUCCAACCGACAACAAAAACAACCAAACAUGUCUUACAACAAGGACAAGGACUUCGGCGAGGCGCCCAAGACGCACAAGAUCCGCAUCACCCUCUCCUCCCGCAAGGUCCAGUCCCUCGAGAAGGUCUCUGCCGAGCUCAUCGAGCGCGCCAAGUCCAAGGACCUCCGCGUCUCCGGCCCCGUCCGCCUGCCCACCAAGACCCUCAAGAUCACCACCCGCAAGACCCCCUGCGGUGAGGGUUCCAAGACCUGGGACUGCUUCGAGAUGCGCAUCCACAAGCGCCUCAUUGACCUCAACGCCCCCACCGAGAUCGUCAAGCAGAUCAUCAUCAACAUCGAGGCCGGUGUCGAGGUCGAGGUCACCAUUGCCGCAUAAGCGGCGGGUGCUCCCCAGGGGACGAGAGGGACGCGAGGUGCUGUUGUUAUUGUUGUAAAAGGGACGGACGGAAUGGGCUUUUAUGGCUUGGGAAUUGCCGCGCCGCGGGCGGGUGGGCGGCGAGGGUGCCGAAAGGCCCCUCGUCCUCCUCUACCCGGCAAGGGCGGCGGGACGAGCUGCGAGGUCUAGAUACCACCCGAAUCAACUGAUGACCACCAAACAAAACAAAAUACCUGGAAUUGCGCCAUUGUGAUGUAUCGCUCUACCCAUUAGGUAUAGUAUUGAACGCCCCUAACGCAAUGAGCCCUCCUCGGAUAAAAUAAACGUGGCCAUGAUGGGACGUGGG